UUUUUGUGUCUAUCACAGAAUAUCCUCUCGUUUUUUGUAUCGCAUAACAAAAGUCGGCAUCAUAUCUUGACGAAAAGAGGGUUUACUCCGUCCAUCGUAAUAACUUUUUUUUUUUUUUUUCUUACCGUCCCUCGUUUAAUUCCCGUUUUUGGCGCCGCAUUGCAUCACAGCCCGGCACUUCCGAUAACGAGCUCAUCUUAUCGCAUGUCAUAAUCGGCAGAUUUACCUGGGGAUUGUUUUUGUAAAAGAAGAAAGAAGACCACGAUAUCGUCGCACAUAAUAACUCUCGCUUGAUCAGUUAUUUUUUGGAGUCUUUUUUGGACUGAGGGCAGAGAAGAAGAGCGCAGUCAUGGGUUUUAAUCCGCAAGGCCAAGGCAACGGCCCAAACUAUGAUGCGCCACGGGAAAUGCAAGAUUUACCAGCUGGCCAAGCUUACCACUUUCGCGAAUCUGACGAAACAGCCGCCGCUCGUGUUUCUCCUGUGAGCAAUCCUUACGAACCAGACUAUGAUCAAUUGUCCCCUCCCCCUCCGCUGGGCGCACAACGACCCGUCCCCGAGCAGAAUGAGUCGAGCCGCGAUCUUCUACACAGUUCAUACCAAGGCAGCGUAGGCCAUAACAGCUUUGACGGCCAUAGUUUUGGUCACAACAGCUAUGGACCUGGUGCUUUUGGGCAUUAUCCUGCUGACCAGCACGGUCGCAUGCCUGGGUCUCCGGGCUACGAAUACCCAGAGCCUGAGUACGAUGUCGAAGCUUCGCGUUUGGCAGAAUCUCGUCUCUCCGUCAUGCAUCGCGCCCCUACGAUGCAAGAUUGGGGUCAGAAUGGCGAGGCUCUGUCUGUUCCAGACUUUGCCCACGGACGCCCCGACUCAACGUACCAGGAGUUCGAUGUCGACGAGAGCUGGAUGAUGCGACAGCAGCAGAACCAACUCGCAGGUGGUCUCGGUCGCUCAAAGACCCGUAAAGUCAAGCUCGUUCAGGGCUCCGUUCUCAGCAUCGAUUACCCCGUGCCCAGCGCCAUCAAAAACGCCGUUGAACCGCGAUACCGAAGCGGCCCCGGAAGCAUGGAGGAGGAGUUCACAAAGAUGCGCUACACAGCUGCUACAUGCGACCCCAACGAUUUCACCCUGCGAAACGGCUUUAACCUCCGCCCUAAGAUGUACAACCGUCAUACAGAACUGCUCAUCGCCAUCACCUAUUACAACGAGGACAAGGUGCUACUUGCGCGUACCCUCCACGGAACGAUGCAGAACAUUCGGGACAUUGUGAACCUCAAGCGCUCCAAGUUCUGGAACAAGGGCGGUCCUGCGUGGCAGAAGAUCGUCGUUUGUCUCGUAUUCGACGGUAUCGACAAGGUCGACAAGAACGUCUUCGACGUGCUCGCGACGGUUGGUAUCUAUCAAGAUGGCGUUCUCAAAAAGGAUGUCAAUGGCAAAGAAACCGUCGCCCAUAUUUUCGAGUACACCAGCCAAGUCUCCGUGACACCCGAUCAACAGCUCGUCCGUCCCGAUCCCGACAAGCCUCAUCGCAAUCUCCCCCCCGUCCAGUUUAUCUUCUGUCUCAAGCAGAAGAACAGCAAGAAGAUCAAUUCGCAUCGCUGGCUCUUCAAUGCCUUUGGCCGCAUUCUUAACCCGGAGGUCGCCAUCCUCAUUGAUGCCGGAACGAAGCCCGGCCCCCGCGCCCUGCUGUCCCUCUGGGAGGGCUUCUACAACGAUCGUGAUCUCGGCGGCGCCUGUGGAGAGAUCCAUGUCAUGCUUGGCAAGGGUGGAAAGAUGCUUCUCAAUCCACUCGUCGCGGUGCAGAAUUUCGAAUAUAAGAUCUCCAACGUCCUCGAUAAACCGCUCGAAAGUGCCUUUGGAUAUGUUAGUGUUUUGCCUGGUGCUUUCUCGGCGUAUCGCUUCCGCGCUAUCAUGGGUAGACCUCUGGAGCAGUACUUUCACGGCGACCAUACGCUCUCCAAAUCAUUGGGCAAGAAGGGUAUUGACGGCAUGAACAUCUUCAAAAAGAACAUGUUCCUUGCCGAGGAUCGAAUUCUCUGCUUCGAGUUAGUCGCAAAGGCCAGUCAAAAGUGGCAUCUCAGCUAUAUCAAGGCCUCCAAGGGCGAGACAGAUGUUCCCGAAGGCGCUGCUGAGUUUAUCGGUCAGCGACGUCGAUGGCUCAACGGAUCUUUCGCUAUGUCGCUCUAUUCCCUCAUGCAUUUCGGCCGAAUGUAUGGAUCGGGGCAUAACCUCAUUCGUCUAUUUUUCUUGCACAUCCAGUUCGUGUAUAACUUGGUCAAUGUGCUGUUCUCUUGGUUCUCGCUCGCGGCUUUCUACCUCACCACCACCAUCAUCAUGAAGCUUGUCGGAACGCCCCAGGUUCUCUCGGAAUACCAUGGCUGGCCAUUCGGCGAUACAGCCACGCCGAUUGUCAACGUCCUGAUCAAAUACAUAUACAUCGCCUUCCUCGUCCUUCAAUUCGUCCUCGCUCUUGGAAACAGACCUAAAGGCGCACAAUACACCUACGUCCUCUCCUUCAUGGUGUUCGGUCUCAUCCAGCUGUAUCUUCUCGUCUUGACUGGUUAUCUCGUGUACCGAGCUUUCACUGGAACGCCUAUUGAGGAGCAGAUCUCCUUCGAGUCCGGAAAAGCCUUCUUUGAUAGUUUCUUCGGAGGCGAUACCGGAGUCGCGGGACUGAUCAUUAUUGCCCUCUUCACCAUUUAUGGUCUCAACUACAUCGCAUCCUUCUUAUACCUCGACCCGUGGCACAUGUUCCACUCGUUCCCUCAGUAUCUCGUCCUCAUGUCCACGUACAUCAACAUCCUGAUGGUCUACGCCUUCAACAACUGGCACGAUGUGUCAUGGGGAACAAAGGGCUCUGAUACUGCCGAAGCUCUGCCAUCAGCCAUGAUCGUCAAGGAUGAGAAGGGCAAGGAAGCUGUGGUCGAGGAAAUUGAGCAGGAACAGGAGGAUAUCGACAGCAAGUUCGAGAAGGUCGUCUGGCGAGCUCUCGCACCCAUGAGCGAAAUGGCAGAGGAAAAGCCCGAGAAGAAGGACGUCGAAGAUUCGUACAAGUCUUUCCGAACUGGUCUUGUUAUUCUCUGGCUUCUCUGUAAUAUUGUUCUCAUCGUCGUUGUCACCACAGACGAUUUCAUCACUCUCGGCGUCUCAAAAGCAGCAGACGUCCGCACGCCUACGUAUUUCCGUGUUCUUCUUUACUCGACAGCUGUGCUGUCUAUUGUACGCUUCUUCGGCUUCCUUUGGUUCAUUGGACGAACCGGCAUCAUGUGCUGCAUUGCGAGACGAUAAACCGGGGAGAGCGUUUUGUCUAGUGAAAUAUCUUAAUGAACUACAUACUUUUGGGGUUACAGGAGAAAAUUUCGGUGUGAUGCUUCUUUUCUGAGAGUUUUUGGAUGUUGGGAUGGGAUGGUUUUGAGUUGAUAGCGGCAUGCAACGACUAUUACUUACCGGCGUUGCAAAUCAGAGGUAGAUUGCUCUCGGAUUCUUAAUCUAAUCCGUCUUUUUGUAUUCGUG